AUGUUUGUGCCGCUGGUGCCGUGUGUAUACGUUAUAGAGGACUGUGUUUGCAAAUGGAAGAGUGGCAGCUCUUCUCUCAAGGUCUCUCAACCUGUUCCAAUGCUUCGCUUUCUCUACGAGCUCGCCUGGACCAUGGUUCGAGGUAUAGUGAGCCAGAUGGCUCAAGAUCUUACAUUGUCCGGAGAGUUUCGUUCUCGUCUCAUUAAACUGGCAAGAUGGUUUGUAGAAUCUGAAUUGGUUCCAGUUAGGUUACUUCAAGAACGCUGCGAGGAAGAAUUUUUGGGGGAGGCUGAAUUUAUCAAAAUUAAGGCUCAGGAGCUUAAGGGAAAAGAGGAUUUAAAUUUCAAUAUUAUCAGGCGCAUGCUUUCUUUCCUCUGUUGCUCACUCGCUCCAAGUUAUGGAUGCAUCCAACGCUGA